AUGACGGUUGAAGAGUUUUUUAACAACGUAACCUUUUCUGAUAAUGUCUCGUUAUUUGCUUUAAACUUCACCGAGAGAACGCUACCUAAUGACAGGGAAACGGUUGGUUUUAUUAUACGAUGCGUUAUUCCAUCCAUAUACGUUCUUAUUAUUACAGUGGGCUUGCUGGGCAAUAUAACUUUGAUAAAGAUAUUUAUCACUAACAGUGCAAUGAGAAGCGUGCCCAAUAUUUUUAUAUCCAGUUUGGCUGCUGGAGACCUUUUGCUUCUGGUGACUUGUGUUCCCGUAGAUGCCUCGAGGUAUUUCUUUGAAGAAUGGAUGUUCGGCACCGUCGCCUGCAAACUGAUUCCUGUAAUCCAACUCACUUCAGUAGGUGUCUCGGUUUUCACCCUUACAGCUCUGAGCGCAGACAGGUACAAAGCUAUUGUAAAUCCUAUGGACAUCCAGAAAUCUAGUGCAGUUCUUUGGACCUGCUUAAAAGCAGUCACCAUAUGGAUCAUUUCUGUACUGCUGGCCAUUCCAGAAGCAAUCUUUUCCCAAGUGGUGCAUAUCAGCGAUAACAACGUCAGCUUCACUGCCUGUGUACCAUACCCUUUAUCUGAGGAGUUGCAACCCAAAAUUCACUCUAUAAUGAUAUUCAUGGUCUAUUUCAUCCUCCCCCUUACCAUAAUUAGCGUGUACUACUACCACAUUGCAAGAACGUUAAUCAAAAGUGCACACAACAUGCCUGGAGAAUUCAGUGAGCACACCAAAAGACAGAUGGAAACAAGGAAACGACUUGCAAAAAUCGUCUUGGUCUUUGUUGGUUUGUUUGCUCUCUGUUGGUUUCCAAAUCAUGUCCUGUACAUGUACCGCUCCUUCAACUACAGAGAGAUUGACUCCUCAUUGGCACACCUGGUUAUCACACUACUGGCCCGAAUACUGAGCUUCUCCAGUUCCUGCGUCAACCCUUUUGCCCUGUAUCUGCUGAGUGAGAGUUUCCGGAGACAUUUUAACAGUCAUCUCCAUUGCCAGAGGAAGAAGUAUCGUGAGAGAUCUAUGAGCUACCUGCAGAGCACAUCAGCAGUCAGAAUGACAUCCAUUAAAAGCAAUGUUAGAAAUAGACCCACAGCUACAAAUCUCAUUAAUGGGCACAGCCUGAAAAGAGAAGUUUCACUUUGA